AUGACUGGCACUGAGCAACAAGCUGGGGCGGUAUGCUGAAGCCAGGUUGGGGGCAGAAUGAGUUUAAAAGAUGCUGGCAGUGCAGCUUGCCAGGAGGAGGCGGCCUAUAAUCUUCAUAUUUACCCCCGGCUCGCGUCAGAAAGCGCCUCCUGCUGCAGAGUGACUGCAACUAAGGACAGCACCACUUCAGAUGUAAUCAAGGAUGUGAUCCAUAUUUUGAACUUGGAUGUCUCAAAGCAUUAUGUGCUUGUGGAGGUGAAAGAGUCGGGAGGUGAGGAAUGGGUACUUGAUUUGCAUGAUUCUCCUGUUCAUAGGGUUUUGCUCUGGCCUCGCCGUGCUCAGGAUGAGCACCCACAAAACGAUGGCUACUAUUUUCUUUUGCAAGAAAGAGACGCUGAUGGGGCCAUCAAAUACGUCCAUAUGCAACUGGGGUCUAAAGAGAAGGAUGCUCGACGGUUGGUUGAAAGGGGUUUUCUUCCAUGGCAUCAGGAAGAGUUGGAUGACUUAUGCAAUCUCUCCAAUUUAACAGAAAUGACACUCCUAGAGAAUCUCAAACGCCGCUUUCUAAAACAUAAGAUUUAUACCUAUGCAGGAAGCAUUCUGAUUGCUGUCAACCCCUUCAAAUUCUUGCCCAUUUAUAACCCCAAAUACGUCAAGAUGUACGAGAAUCAUCAGCUUGGAAAACUGGAGCCUCAUAUUUUUGCCAUCGCUGAUGUGGCUUAUCACACGAUGCUGAAAAAACAUGUCAACCAGUGCAUAGUCAUUUCAGGUGAAAGUGGAUCUGGAAAAACUCAAAGUACAAAUUUUUUAAUUCAUUGCCUCACCGCACUGAGUCAGAAGGGGUACGCAAGUGGUGUCGAGAGAACUAUUUUGGGAGCUGGACCAGUACUGGAGGCUUUCGGAAAUGCAAAAACAGCCCAUAACAACAACUCCAGUCGUUUUGGAAAAUUCAUUCAAGUCAACUACUUGGAGAAUGGCAUUGUACGAGGGGCUGUUGUUGAAAAAUAUCUGCUUGAAAAAUCUCGCCUGGUGUCUCAGGAAAAGGAUGAAAGGAACUACCAUGUAUUUUAUUAUUUGUUACUUGGAGUCAGUGAAGAAGAACGUAAAGAGUUUCACCUCAAGCAGCCAGAAGAUUAUUUCUACCUCAAUCAGCAUAACUUGAAAAUAGAAGAUGGGGAAGAGCUCCGUCAUGACUUUGAAAGAUUAAAACAAGCCAUGGAGAUGGUUGGCUUUCUUCCUGCAACUAAAAAACAGAUCUUUUCAGUACUCUCAGCUAUUCUUUAUUUGGGCAAUGUUACCUACAAGAGGAGAGCUACAGGCAGGGAUGAGGGUUUGGAAGUGGGACCCCCAGAAGUGCUGGACACCCUCUCUCAACUUCUGAAGGUCAAACGAGAAAUUUUAGUGGAGGUGCUGACAAAAAGAAAAACGGUGACCGCUAAUGACAAACUUAUCCUGCCCUAUAGUCUCAAUGAGGCUAUCACAGCUCGUGAUUCAAUGGCGAAGUCACUGUACAGUGCCCUGUUUGACUGGAUUGUUCUGCGAAUUAAUCAUGCGCUUCUUAAUAAGAAAGAUAUGGAAGAAUCUGUUACAUGCUUAUCCAUUGGUGUGCUCGAUAUAUUUGGAUUUGAAGAUUUCGAAACCAACAGUUUUGAACAAUUUUGUAUAAAUUAUGCAAAUGAACAGCUUCAGUAUUACUUCAAUCAACACAUUUUCAAAUUAGAACAGGAGGAGUAUCAAAGUGAAGGGAUCGCUUGGUAUAAUAUUGACUACACAGAUAAUGUGACCUGCAUUCACUUAAUCAGCAAAAAACCCACUGGCCUCUUCUAUCUGCUAGAUGAAGAAAGCAACUUUCCACAUGCCACCAAUCAGACCCUACUUGCGAAGUUCAAGCAGCAGCAUGAGGAGAACAAAUUCUUCGUUGGGACGCCAGUGAAGGAACCUGCUUUUAUCAUCCGGCACUUUGCAGGGAAAGUUAAAUAUCAGAUAAAGGAUUUCCGAGAGAAGAACAUGGAUUACAUGAGACCAGAUAUUGUUGCGUUGCUACGAGGUAGUGACAGUGCCUACGUUCGGGAGCUGAUAGGAAUGGACCCCGUAGCUGUGUUCCGCUGGGCUAUUCUGCGGGCAACAAUUCGAGCAAUGGCUGUCUUCGCGGAAGCAGGACGUCAAAGAGCCCAGAAAACUGCAGGCGUGGUGCGUCACGGACCACGGGUUCCCCUGGGAGAACUCCAGAGAGCAAACACACAAGUAGAAAAAGUUUAUCGACUUAGAGACUUGCAUGAUGAAAUCAUCAAGAGUAUAAAAGGCCUUCCCUGGCAGGGUGAAGAUCCCUGCAAGCUCCUUCGGUAUCUCAGCCGACUUCAGCAAUUCCAGAAGAAUAGAGGUACCAAACAGAAGCAGCUCAUUCCUAAGAACUUGCUGGACUCCAAGUCACUGAAGCUUAUAGUGAGCAUGACUCUGCAUGAUCGGACGACAAAAUCCCUCUUACACCUGCACAAAAAGAAGAAACCACCUAGCAUAAGUGCACAGUUCCAGAACUCCCUUAAUAAACUACUGGAGACACUGGGGAAAGCUGAGCCAUUUUUCAUCCGCUGCAUCCGCUCCAAUGCCGAGAAGAAGGAGUUAUUGUUUGAUGAGGGAUUGGUGUUGCAGCAGUUGAGAUAUACUGGCAUGUUAGAGACCGUGCGGAUCCGAAGAUCUGGUUACAGUGCCAAAUACACAUUCCAGGAGUUCCUAGACCAGUUUCAAGUGUUACUACCCCAACAUGCCAAAUCCUCGAAGGAGGAGAUCUCUGCUUACCUGAAUAAACUGAAACUGGACAAAAACAACUACCAAAUAGGGAAGACCAAGGUGUUCAUGAAGGAGGCAGAACGACAGGUGCUGCAGGACACACUACAUAAAGAAGUGAUUAGGAAGAUUGUUCUCCUUCAGAGCUGGAUCCGGAUGGUUUUGGAAAGGAGACACUUUCUCAGAAUGCGGCAGGCAGCCAUUACCCUUCAGACUUGUUGGCGUUCGUACCAAAGUAGGAGGGCUUCGGAGAGGACUAAGGCUGCCAUUUACAUUCAGUCAGCAUGGCGAGGAUAUAAGGAGAGAGAAUCCUACCAUCAGCGGAGGAAGAGAAUUUCCCUUGUGCAGGCUUUUGUCCGGGGGUACCUACAGCGCAAGAGAUUUCAACAAAUGAUUGCGGAAAAGCAACAGGAAAUGCAACAAGCUCAAGAGGAAGAGGAUCGUACGAGCCAUGAAGAUGGCAGUGAACUGGCAUUGGAGCAGUUGGCUAUUAUACAUGAAAUGCAGCCAGAUCAAGAUGCUGAACAGAUGGCAGCUGGAGUAGCUCAAUCUCAGAAUGCUCAAGAUGAAAACCGGAACCAAGCUACUGAAAAGGCCAUUUCUUCUCCGAAGAGCAUAGCAGAUGGCCAGGAGAAAGUCACAAGCAGUCGGGAGAAACGGGAAUCUCGCCGGCAAAGGGGUCUGGAACAUAAUAAUUUACAGAAUAAGCACAUCCUGUUUCCCCUAGAGGAGCCGGCUUUCGUAUGUCAUGAAGAAGAAUCUUCUGCUGAAGAGGUUCCAGAAACAGUCCAAGAGCCAAACAAGUUCACUGCCGAAGACACAGUCCUUCCAAAAAGUACAGAGGAAGAGAGAAUCCCAGUAGAAGAAAACAAAACCAUUUCAGACACGCAGGUCCCAAAUGAAACACCUGACAGUGUUUCCUUUCCCAAUCAGUCAAAUGAAACCAAACAGGAAAUAGUAGAUGAUAAGGACAUUGAUAAACUGAACAUUGAAGAGAACCAAAAGAAGCAAUUAAAAGUCAGUCAGAGCUUUACCUGUUCUCAAAGGCCAUCCGACCUUGCGCUGAACAUUAAAAAUAAUCUUUCUGCCACCAGAAGCUUUCAAAGCGCAGAUGAGCAUUACAAAGAUAAAAAUAAACACCGAAUCACCAAGGUGGACAAAGAUCUGGACAGCCCCACCGCUUUCCAGAUCCAGAGGUAUCUGGAUGACCCGGACAAACUGAGGGACAAGCGGGAGAAAUGGAAAGGAAAGAGACAGUCAGAGGCUAAUCAGAAUGAUAUGCUGAGCCAGUCUUUGGAUGAAAGAAACCGGUCUGAUCAAUCUCUUCAGACCUUACUAGAAAAGAAGGGGACCGCUUCUUCUCUGGAUGACAUCGCUAACCUUGCUCAGUCUGUCGCCAUGAUUCAGCCAUCGCUAGAAACAGUGGAGGUGGAGAAGACGAACAAGAAACAGAUUGUGCAAAAGAAGUCCAGUGAACCGUUAUCGCCCUUGGAUUUGGGUGUCUCAACGCAGACACCUAGCCAGACAAUCGAUGUCAAAUCCACAUAUAAAAGUCCUCUACGCCGGCUGCUGGGAAAGAAACCAGAGAAGAAAUAUGCUAAAGAGAGUCCUGAUGUAAUGGAGGAAGGAGAAAAUCUCGCUCUUCUAUCAUGUAUUCUGUUUACAGAAGCAGUGGAGUCACAAAAAUUAUCAGAAGCCCCGAGUCGCCCACAGGCAGGAGAGCGACAUGUGAAAGAAACUAGCAAAGGGAAAAGAAACCGCACUAUUAAAAUCAGCAAGAUUUCCAAAGUGUCUGAAAAGUGGCCAGCAUCUGUGUUCCGUGAGAUUACAAAUGCCAAUGAGCUGAAAUACCUCGAUGAGUUCCUUCUGAACAAGAUAAAUGACUUGAACUCCCAGAAGUCUGCUAUUGAAUGUUUAUUUUUUGAAGCCACAGAAAAGUUUCGAGGAACUAUCAAAACAAUGUAUUCUGUUCCUAAUGGGCAAAUCCAUGUCGGCUAUAAAGAUCUGAUGGAAAACUAUCAGCUCCUAGUGGUAAAUCUGGCGAAAGAGAGAGAAGAGAAAGACGUCAAGCUGGUUUUAAAUCUCUUCCAGUCCCUUCUCGAUGAGUUUUCCCGAGGAUAUGCAAGAAGAGAAGAGUCAGAGCAGCACAAGCAAAGCAAAGCCCAGAAGAAGAAACGAAAACAAGAGCGCCUAAUUGAGGAGCGCAAUGGUCAUGUGUUUACCAGCUGCCAAGUGAGCAUCCGGCAGUCAUGUGAACAGUGUUCAUCCUACAUCUGGCCUAUGGAGAAGGCCUGUCUUUGCAGUAUUUGCAAGCUGAUUUGCCAUAAGAAGUGCAUGUCCAAAACUCAGAGUUGCUGCACAUCGCCCUGUGGAAAGAAGGAUGACCAAGAUGCAGAGCCCCGUCACUUCGGAGUGUGUGUGAGUUCCUUAACGAGCGAUAAGAACACAGUCCCCGUUGUCAUGGAGAAACUGCUUGAGUAUGUGGAGAUGCAUGGCCUGUACACUGAAGGAAUCUAUAGGAAAUCGGGGUCAGCAAAUCGCAUGAGGGAGUUGAAACAGUUGCUGCAGACGGAUCCAAAUUCAGUGAAACUCGAGAAUUAUCCCAUUCACACCAUCACUGGCAUCCUGAAGCAAUGGCUACGGGAGCUACCCGACCCACUCAUGACUUUUGCACAGUACAGCGACUUUCUCCGAGCAGUAGAGCUACCCGAAAAGCAGGAGCAACUUGUUGCCAUUUACACUGUCCUUGAACAACUUCCACAAGCCAAUCACAACACCCUGGAGCGACUCAUCUUUCAUCUUGUCAAAGUGGCUUUAGUAGAAGACAUCAACCGCAUGUCACCCAAUGCUCUGGCCAUUGUCUUUGCUCCGUGUCUCCUGCGCUGCCCUGAUAAUUCUGACCCACUGACCAGCAUGAAGGACGUCUCAAAGACAACCGUGUGCGUGGAAAUGCUAAUAAAGGAGCAGAUGAGAAAAUAUAAGUUAAAAAUGGAUGAAAUUAACCAGCUGGAAGUAGCUGAGAGCAUUGCUUUCCGUCGACUUUCUUUGCUCCGGCAGAACAUGCUCUGGCCUGUAAAACUUGGGUUUUCUUCUCCUUUUGAGGGGGUGCUGUGUAAAAGCCCCCAAGACAAAGGAAAUGACAACAACUUCCCCAAGCUGGAGUCGCUGCGGGAGGAAGAUGAGGCAUCUGAUGUUGAUAACCGGGAGAAGGAGAUUCUGAUCGAACGCAUACAGUCAAUCAAAGAGGAAAAGGAAGACAUAACUUACCGAUUACCUGAGCUGGACCAGCGAGGCUCUGAUGAGGAAAAUCUGGACUCUGAGACAUCAGUGAGCACGGAGAGCCUACCAGGGGACCGAAUAGGACGGCUGGACACUGAAGGAACCACAUUGUCUGAAUUCCAGGGCCAUGGUCAGUGCCCCAACAUGCCUGCCAAAGUCUCUUGCCAAGGUCCCAGCAUUUCUUGUCCACUGGCCUCCACAGUCUCAAAUCCAUUUACAAGGCACAGACUAUCCUCAAUGCAGGUUAAAACGAAAGUCCCCUGUCGAAAUCCCGUAAUGCCCACAGCAAAUAUAAAACUUCCCUAUGGGAUUUCCAAACGGACAGAAUCCCAGGGAAGAAUAUUGGCUGCUGUAUCCUCUGAGCCAGUGGUGAGACGGAGGGACCGGCCAGCCAGGCGAACUGAUAAAAUUCACUCUGUGUAUGUUGCACAAAGGUCAGUUGUGGUCCAAGCUCAGGAAUCUUUGGACGAAUAUGAACCAACAGCAAAAGUGAAGCGGAGAUUUUCAGACCCUUACUCUCACAUGUCAUGCAUAGAGGAAUGAAAUAUUUAAAAUUUGGGAUUUUUUUUUUUUUUAAUGAGAACUGUAGCUUUUGGCUCUAAUCCGCCUUGGCAGAUGAUGAACUUGUGCACUUGGCGUAAGCAGUCACCGGACGUGCAGUCGGGAACUCUCAGCACUCUAAGGGUGAAGCAGAGUUGCUUAAAAACAAGGAAUAUCCUGCUUUUUGUAAACAAAAGCAACUUUGGAGGGUGGAGUAGGCUCUAAAACAGUUUCGGUCACGGAGCAAAAUACUGGGACUUGAGUCUGCAAAAAACCCUCAGUUUCUCCUGCUGUGCUGCCUUGUAUUUGCUUACGAUGGGCUGUAAUAGGCCCGACUGAGUUAGUCACUAGGUUUUUCCAUAUUCCAUUUUUUUAUGUUUUAUGAAAAGUUCUUUUUGUUUACAAAACUGUUAACGUACUUGUCUUAACUGAGACCAAAAACAUAUCCAAAUGUUUAUUAAUACAUUGCACUUUUUAAAAACACGUGUUAUCAAUGUCCUAUUGCUACAAUGUCCGCCCUUCUUGAGAGCUCUUGAGUAGAAAGAAGACACUUAAUUCUGACCAAAAGUGGAUCGGCUUUCUUGAGAUUCAUGCCUUUUCCCAACACUUCCUUAAAAGGAUUUGGAAGAGUUCUGCAGGGUAAAUACCAAUCACCAAAGGCGUUGGUUUUCUGAGAGUUCAGUGCUUUGCAUACAAGUAUAAUCACAUUGCUCAGUAAAUGCAGUUGUCACAGUUGGGCAACUUUGUGCAAGCCUUUGUUCAGCAUCUGUUGUGCAUCACAGUGCUGCAAAAGUCAUCAAGCAUGAGCACAUGCAAGCACAAACAGCUUCUAAAACUUGGGCCAUGUGAGUCAACCCCCAGCUCUCCUCUACCAGUGUGAACUGGGAGCAUAGACGGGGCAGCAGGCUUUCCGCUGAUACGAAGAACUCCAUUUGAACACUGCGUACAGAUGUGGUCACCUCAUCUCAAAAAAGAUAUAUUGGAAAAGGUUCAGAAAAAGGCAA